AUGUGUCGUGAUCAAGGACUCACAGUGUCAGGAAACAAACGUGAGCUCAUCAGCCGUCUUUUAAACGGGGAAAGCGACACAAAUUCGACAAAGAACACGAUUAAAUCUCCCGCUGCGGCACUACUUAGCGCUUGGUUCUUAGCUCCAAUAUCGUCUACGGACAUGAAAGUUGGAUCUAAGAACGAGGAAAACAUUUGCUCACGCGUACCAAGAUUUCUUGAAGCACACUCAGACUUUCGUAUUCUUCAGACGAAGUCUUAUGGUCUGCUUUGUUGCCCCGAGGAGCGCUAUUUGGCAUUUUCUCCGGAUGAUAUCGCAUUGGUAACUCGGCCCUCUAGUAAUGAUUCAUUUUUUGCUGUUCUGGAGUAUAAAACGAAGACUAGAGACAAUACGGUCGACACAGAGCGAAAUAUUGCAGUGCGAUGCGGUAAAUUCGCAACUGUAAAGCUGGAUUCCCAUUCUGAUAGUCGGUACUUGAAGACGUUGAUUCCCGACCAAGGGCACCGAUCUCAGCUGCUACACAACAUCAUUUCUGGGUCUAUGAGAGAUGGAUUCAUUGUGUAUGCGUCGUCAACAGCAAUAAUUCGUGUCGUUCACGUCGUAAUUGGUGACGAUAUUGUGGAUUCUUAUCAACUUGCUUUCUUGAAGAUCAAAGAAGCAUGCAUGGACUGGAUCUACACACCCGGUGCUCCCGUACCACCAUUUACAGCAGACGAAUUAGGACAUUGUGGAGACGUAUCAACGCUGAAGCAGCAUCUCUCGUUAUGGCGAAUAGUAGUGGCUAAAACCGAAGAACGUGGAGGCCCACUACCUGCAGCAAAACACAUAAUCCCCAGCGUGAUAGCGAUCUGGAAUCGAGUCAAAGGAGGAAUCGACGUUUAUUCUCGGUACCUGAAGAAUAUAAAGCCAUCGCACGAGCAUUUACCACCCCUCGCUGCUCUUUGGCUGCGGUUUUUGAUGACAUUAGUUUACAACGCGUUCCAGUCAGCCCAGUUACUCAGCAUAGGUGCAAGUCCUACAGCAUCUACCAACAGCACAAAAAUGAAAAUGCAUCAUUUCGAGAUUUCUGCCGAGAUGCCGCAAGCUGUUUGGGAGGAAACGCUAAUGACGACGGCAGUAUCGAUGAGCCAAGGCGGCCGCUUUCUGAGCCGCAUUCGUUUGCGUACCGGGUACGUGAUCAUUUUGACGAUGACCCCGAAUGGCGGAAGCUUCGAAACUCCAGCCGAGAGCUUCACAAUGAGAGGUUGCUGCUUUCCGGAAAACAACUUCGAUGUGUGCUGUGUUGUGAACGAGAUCAUGGUGAAGAAAACACUACCCACCAUCGGCUAGGAUACAAGACUAGAUACGAAUGCUCCUUAUGCAAGGUUGCUCUUUGUCACACGUCACGCUGGAAGAAGGAUGAAUCUUGCUUUGACAAAUUUCAUUCAU